AUGCCGUCUCUGCUGUACCGCAGCACGCCGAGCCGUUCGUCCCUGGGCAAGCAGCGCCGCCGCCGCCGCCUUUCCCCCGUGUUCCUCGUCCUCGCCGUCGUCGCUCAGCCGCUCCUCCUGUGGGCGUGGUACCGGCACGACGCGCACCUGCAGCACGCCGUCACGCAGCUGCACCACAAGCGCGGCGCGGCAGGCGGGCCCACAGCCGCCUCGCCCGACGUCUUCUGGCCCUCGUCGUCGCCUCUCCCCGUCCAUCACUCGCCCGCGCUCCUCGACUACUCGAACCACCCUGUCGCCCCGUCACGGCCUUCCGCCCGCCAGUUCCUGUUCUCGCCCGACCUGUACGCCCAGGUCUUGCCCGUCGUCGCCGUCGUCACGACGACCCGGGACGCGCAUCCCGACUGGCUGCGAGAAACGGCGGCGAGCGUGUUCGGCCAGUCGCUGCAGUCGCUCGUGUGGAUCAUCGUCGACGACGCGACGACGAGUGCCGAAGCGCUCGUCGUGCUUGCCGACCUCGAGAAGGAUGCGCGCGUCGUCGUCCUGCGGAACGAGGGCGGGCUGGGCGUCGGGCGCAGCAGGAACCGCGCGCUCGAGUACCUCGGCGAGAUGGACGAGGGCAAGCGGCCGAGAUACGUCGUCAGCCUCGAGGACGACGACCUGUUCGAGUUGACGGCGCUCGAGAAGGUCGUGUUCAUGCUCGAGAGCAACGGGCUCUGGGACCUCGGCGGCUUCCAGGUCGUGCGGUUCGGCGAGGAGAACAGCCUCGGGUACGGCGGGCUGCACACGGGCGCAAAGCACCUCGUCAUGCACAACCACGUUCCCGACGCGGCCGUCGUGACGACCCGGGCGCUCCUCCAGAGCGGGUGUCGGUACGAGGAGGACGACGAGUUCUUGGGCGCCGAGAACUGGAUGCUCUGGCUCUGCCUCGCCAAGGAGGGUUACUGGGGCGGCACGGUCCCCGAGGCGCUGUUCUGGCACCGCAUCAAACCGGCCGAGAGCAAGCGCCGCUCGAUCCUCGCUCUCGGCAAGGCGCCGUCGUCGCUGCACAUCAAGGACAAGUUCUCGGCCCUCGUCACGUCGGGCGCCUUCCCCGAGAUCGCGCCCCGACCCGCCGAGCAGCUCGAGAACGUCCGGUGGAACUUCCCGCUCGUCAACGCCCUCGCCCCACCUCCCGACGGCAAGACGCUCCUCCUCGUCCUGUCAACUUUUGCGCCGACGCAGGCCGGCCUCGCCGCCCUCCACCAGCUCGAGCUGCUCGCCGCCGACGGGUACCGCGUCACGGUCGUGGCGACGCACUUCCGCCCUCAAGACGGCCUCGCCCUGCGCCCCGACCUCCUCAAGUGGACGCACGACGUCCACGUCCUCCCGUCGUACGUGCGCCCGAGCGAUGCGCCAGGGUACCUCAAGAACCUCGUCCUGUCGCGCGGCGUCCACGACGUCGUCUUUGCCGAGUCGGAGCUCCUGUACGAGCUCUUGCCCGCCCUGUCCGAGCACCUUCCCGACGUGCGCUUUGUCGACUACCUCCACGUCGACGGUUCGAGCGAGUCGUUCGUCCUGUCCACGAUCUCGGAGCGCUUCACGGCUCGAACGCUCGUGUCGUCGUCCAACGUCGCCGCACAGCUCGUCGCUGCCGGCCAUUCGGCCCUGUCGGUCGGCGUCCUCCCGUCGGGCAUCGACACGCAGGCCUUCUUCCCCGUGUCGCGCAAGGUGCGCGCCUACGCCAAGCGCAAGCUGCUCGGCGUCACCGACAAGACGACCGUAAUCCUCGUCUCGUCGCCGCUCGCCGAGGUCCACCGGCCGCACUUCAUGCCGGCCGUCGUCGCCGCCCUCGAGGCGCAGGGCCACUCGCGGUUCCUCGUCGUCUUCAUCACGACCGACACGGGCGGUGGCGACGGCGUCGUCUCGCUCGACACGAUCAACCGCGAGAUCGCCGCUCGCGACCUCACGAGGCGCGUGCGCGUCUUUGCCGGCGGGCUCGACCACCCCGAGUCGUACCUCGCCGCCUCGGACGUCUACUUGCGCCUGUCGACCUCGAACGAGACGUCGAGCACGCUCGGCGAGGCGAUGGCAAUGGGCCUCGGCGUCGUCUCGACGCGCACGAGCGGCGUCGCCGACCUCCUCGCUCACGACGUCGGGAUCCUCGUCGACGCGCCCUCGUCCGACUCGCCGGCCGACGCCGCCGCCAAGUUCGCCAACGCGCUCGGCGUCGCCAUCGCCGUCGGUCCUGGCGCUCGGCGUGAACGUGCGGCGCGAACACGAGCCGUCGCGCAGGACAAGCUCGACUGGCGCAUCCUGCAGACGGGCCUGCUCGACGAGCUGCGCGUCGCCAAGCUCGCGCAGGACAAGAAGCACGUCCACGAGGGGUCGUGGCGUCAGCCGGCGCAGCUGCCUGUCAACCCGGCCGCGCACUAUGCUCUUCAAGCCGUCCUCAUGGAGAACCACGACGAGACCGACUUUGCCGUCUCGCAGAACAAGCUGCGUGCGCCGCCCCGACACGGCGUCGGCAAGGAGCUCCAGGACCGCUGCGGCGAGACGAGCCCGGACAUGUCGAGCUGGAUCAACUCGCUCGAGCGGGCCGAAAACUGCCGUCCCGAGGCCAAGUUCCACCCGCGCAAGCUUCAGCGCUCGGCCCUCUUCCAGUGCUCGGCGUGGUGCAUCUGGGACUUGACGACCGAGUCCGGCGCCGGCUGGAUGUACGACGGCACGUGCUUCACGCGGUUCGCCGACCCGGACAAGACGUGGUGCCGCGACUGGACCCACACUCGCCCCAAGGUGACCCUCUCCGACAAGGAGGAGUGA